UAUAUUCCUUCUUGUUUGUGUUGUCCUAAUUUGCUUGUUCUAUUUUCUAGCUGCUCCACGGCAAAGAAUAGAGUUGACCUUUGAUGAACAUUAUUAUAUAGAACCAUCGUUUGAAUGUCGGUUUGAUCACUUGGAAGUUCGAGAUGGGCCUUUCGGUUUCUCUCCACUGAUAGAUCGUUACUGUGGCAUGAAGAGCCCCCCAUUAAUUAGAUCAACGGGCAGAUUCAUGUGGAUUAAGUUUAGUUCUGAUGAGGAACUGGAAGGACUGGGAUUUCGAGCAAAAUACUCAUUUAUUCCAGAUCCAGACUUUACUUACCUAGGAGGUAUUUUAAACCCCAUCCCAGAUUGCCAGUUUGAGCUCUCAGGAGCUGAUGGAAUAGUGCGUUCUAGUCAGGUAGAACAAGAAGAAAAAACAAAGCCUGGCCAAGCUGUUGAUUGCAUAUGGACAAUUAAAGCUACUCCGAAAGCUAAGAUUUAUCUGAGGUUCCUGGAGUAUCAAAUGGAGCACUCAAAUGAGUGCAAAAGAAACUUCAUUGCAGUCUAUGACGGAAGCAGUUCUAUUGAAAAUCUGAAAGCCAAGUUUUGCAGCACCGUGGCCAACGAUGUAAUGCUUGAAACAGGCGUUGGAGUAAUCCGGAUGUGGGCAGAUGAAGGCAGCCGGCUGAGCAGGUUUAGAAUGCUCUUUACGUCCUUUGUGGAACCUCCCUGCACAGGCAGCACUUUCUUCUGCCACAGCAGUAUGUGCAUCAAUGAUUCCCUGGUCUGCAAUGGUGUUCAGAACUGCGCAUACCCUUGGGAUGAGAAUCACUGUGAAGAGAAAAAAAAAGCAGGACUAUUUGAACAAAUCACUAAAACUCAUGGAACAGUUAUUGGCAUUACAUCAGGGAUUGUCUUGGUCCUCCUCAUUAUUUCUAUUUUAGUACAAGUGAAACAGCCUCGAAAAAAGGUCAUGGCUUGCAAAACUGCUUUUAAUAAAACUGGCUUCCAGGAGGUGUUUGAUCCUCCUCAUUAUGAGCUGUUUUCACUGCGGGACAAGGAGAUGUCUGCGGACCUGGCUGACCUGUCAGAAGACCUGGACAACUACCAGAAGAUAAGACGCUCCUCCACCGCUUCGCGGUGCGUCCACGACCAUCACUGCGGCUCGCAGGCGUCCAGCGUCAAACAAAGCAGGACCAACCUCAGCUCCAUGGAGCUUCCUUUCCGAAAUGAUUUUGCACAGCCACAGCCCAUGAAAACAUUUAAUAGUACCUUCAAAAAAAGUAGCUUCACUUUCAAACAGGCACAUGAGUGCCCUGAACAGGCCCUAGAAGACAGAGUGAUGGAGGAGAUUCCCUGCGAAAUUUACGUCAGGGGACGAGAAGAGUCUGCACAAGCCUCCAUAUCCAUCGAUUUCUAGUCUUCUGAAGGGGGUGGUGAUGAUUUAGUGAGUAGGUGCAGCCACACAGCAUGCGUACUGCUUUCUCCUGUCAGAAACAGGAAGACCUGCAGUUACUGUUGACAGACUGUGAUGGUGAAGUUUUUAUUACCUCAGGCAGUCUGUAUUUCUUAGACCGACCGAGGCACUUACUCCAUGCAGUGAAAACAAUCAUCAUCCCUUGCGUGGUACCAUGUGAACCCCGCACCAGUUACCCAGCCUUUGAGGAGGAGAGAGGUGGUGUUGAGCAGGCCCACAGGCUGCCUGUGAGUUCCAGCAACAGGACACUGCUCCUGGUCGAUAUGGUUCUAUCAGCGUGAGCCACAGUAAACUUCAGACUAAGGAUUUUCUUUACAUUUUAAAUUCCUUUUAUUCUGUUUUUCUCUAAAUUUGUUUUACAAGCCAGUAAUUUUACCAUUUCAGUUUGUUACAUAAAUACAAGUGGUUAAUGCACCGCACAUAUUUUAAUAGAAGCAUUUGUUCUUGAAUUUAUCAGAUUAUAGCUAGUUACUCUGAUAAGUGUCAGUUAAGGCCCAGAGUUAUAUUUCAUCCAUCUGGUUUUUCUUUACUAAUUUCUGUACUGCUGCCUUGUCAUUACCGGAUUCCUGCUCUUUAUUUUCUGUGAGAAGUAGAUGAUACGAUCUAUCACCUUUUAAUCAUAUUUUGUCUUGGUUAUACUGAACAUUUUCAUAACC